AUGCCUCUCGCAAAGGAUCUCAUUCAUUCCUCUCCAGAAGAGGAGAAGAAGAAACACAAGAAGAAAUGCCUGGUGCAGAGCCCCAAUUCCUAUUUCAUGGAUGUGAAAUGCCCAGGUUGCUAUAAAAUCACCACCAUCUUUAGCCAUGCACAAACAGUAGUUUUGUGUCUUGGCUGCUCUAUUGUCCUCUGCCAGCCUACAGGAGGAAAAGCAAGGCUUACAGAAGGAUGCUCCUUCAGAUGGAAGCAGCACUAAAAGCACCUAGAAUCAAGAUGAAUGGGAAACCAUCCCAAUAAACACAUUUUGGAUACAUCCUGUUUAUUGUCUUGUUUUACUGCUAGGAAGUUCCUA